GAACUUUUGGAACCUUAGCCCUGUUUCCGAACGAAAUGUUUACUCUGCUGCAUCCGUACCGGAAGUUACGUUUGUGGAGGUCAAGCCAAAUCGCUGAAGUCGAAUAAAUAAGUCAUAAUGGUGAAAAAGAAGCGCUUAAGACUGAUUGCCGAGAUGGCCCGAAAGAUCCGGGCUUAUCGAGAGCUGAAAAAUCAGCCACGGGAUUCGCAGAAAUAUGCCCUGGACUACGAAACCAUGACACGUCCACUCACUGGAAAGAGGCUGCCAGUGCUGGCCUGGCAUGAUGUGCGGAGGGAGACUCCACUCUUCAGGCUCCUGGCUGGCAUGCGCUUGUUUGGAGUGGGACGGCUCUUUACACGGAAGUCCUGGCUGGAGGAGCACACAGAACCCUGCUAUUGGAAGAUAACUAAAGUGAAAGUAGACUACACAGCAGAGAAUAUGGACCAUGGGAAAGCAUGGGGCAUUUUGACAUUUAAAGGUAAAGAAGAAGCCUCUGAGAAGGAGAUAGAUAAGGUCAUGUACCAUGACUGGCGUUUGAUACCCAAACAUGAAGAAGAGGUCUUUACACGAUUCGAACCUGCCCCUGAACCCCCUAUCCGUUAUGUGCGCUAUCCGCCUCUCCUGCGUGCUAUGAUGUUAGCACAGCAAGCCAAGGAGCUUGGUGUUGGUGCCAACACCCUACCUGAACCCAGCCUACCUCUUAAACGAGACGUUUUGCUCAGCAAAGAGUACUUCCGCAUUCAGGAACAGCAGAAACGGGAGGGAACACCGGUUUAAACCGAAAUAAAUAGAAAAAGGACAACUUUUUUGAGUAACUUUAUUUAAUUCCUAUUUCAUUCUUUUCAUUUGAUGUUUAUCUCAAGGUGACGUAGAUUCUUAGUGAUUUAGGUCAAUCUUUUCCUUCCCAAUUGUUAACAUUAAUCUUUAGACAUGAUGAAGCAUGGCGUGUGAUGAACAUGCCAUCUAUUAUAACACAUGGCAAGGAAAUGUUUGGGAAAUAAAAAUGUCUGUCCA